AUGGGAGAGAACAGGUUCAUGUCUGUUUCACAGAGCAUCCCACCUCCUGGGUCUCCGGUGCAGAUUGUACCUCAGUCCAUACGCACCCCACCCUCAGACAAGACAAGGAGAGCACCCCCUCCAACACCGCCCAAACCCAGGCGACCAACCUGUAACCCGCAUGCCUGCAGAGCGUCGGGCAGAGGUCUGCAGCCGAAGGGUCUGAGGGUGAAAGAAGUGGCAGAUUUUAAAGUUUACACUAAAGGAGCUGGCAGCGGAGAACUCAAAGUCACCGUGAAGGGACCAAAGGGCCUUGAAGAGCCAGUGAAGGUUCUUGAGAUGGAAAACGGCCUGUAUGAGUGUAAUUAUUACCCCAUCAUGACAGGAAAAUACAUCGUAACCAUCACCUGGGGAGGACACAGCAUUCCACGGAGUCCAUUUGAAGUACAGGUGAGUGAGGAGGCAGGGUCUCAGAAGGUGAGAGCUUGGGGUCCAGGUCUGGAGACCGGUAUGGUGGGGAAGAGUGCUGACUUUGUGGUGGAGGCCAUCGGGACGGAGGUGGGAACACUUGGUUUCUCCAUCGAGGGCCCCUCUCAGGCUAAGAUUGAGUGCGAUGAUAAAGGUGAUGGAUCAUGUGAUGUUCGAUACUGGCCGACUGAACCAGGUGACUACGCUGUCCACGUCAUAUGUGAUGAUGAGGACAUCAAGGACAGUCCCUUCAUGGCUCACAUCCUCCCUGCUGCCAACGAUGUCUUCCCAGAGAAGGUGAAAUGUUACGGUCCUGGUCUGGAGCCUCUGGGCUGCAUCGUCAACAAACCUGCUGAUUUCACCAUCGAUACCCACGGAGCCGGCAGAGGAGAGCUGAAGCUCUAUGCUCAGGAUGCAGAGGGUUUCCCCAUCGACAUACAGAUCACAGAUAACGGAGACAGCACCUACUUCUGUGUUUACAUUCCCACAAAACCCAUCAAACACACCAUCAUCAUCACCUGGGGCGAAGUCAACGUCCCCAACAGCCCCUUCAGGGUGACUAUAGGUGAAGGCAGCCAUCCAGAGAAUGUGAAGGUUUACGGUCCAGGUGUGGAGAAGACUGGACUGAAGGCCAACGAGCCGACGUACUUCACUGUGGACUGCAGCGAGGCCGGACAGGGCGAUGUCAGCAUCGGGAUCAAAUGUGCUCCAGGUGUGGUGGGACCUGCGGAGGCCGACAUCGACUUCGACAUCAUUAAGAACGACAACGACACGUUCACAGUGAAGUACAUGCCUCCAGGUCCCGGGCAGUACACCAUCAUGGUGCUGUUCGCUGAUCAGGAGAUUCCUAUCAGCCCCUUCAGAAUAAAGGUGGAUCCUUCCCAUGAUGCAGCUAAAGUCAGAGCAGAGGGACCUGGACUCAACAAGACAGGCGUUGAAGUGGGUAAACCCACCCACUUCACCAUUUACACAAAGGGAGCCGGUAAAGCCAAACCUGAGGUUCAUUUCACCGCAGCAGCUAAAGGUGAAGCUGUCAGAGACUUUGAGAUCAUCGACAACCACGACUACUCCUACACCGUCCGCUACACCGCAGUCCAGCAGGGGAACAUGUCCAUCACUGUUUGUCACGGAGGAGACCCCAUCCCUAAAAGUCCAUUUAACAUCAGUGUGGCCCCCCCUCUGGACCUCAACAAGGUCAGAGUUCAGGGGCUGAACAACAAGGUGGAUGUUGGGAAGGAUCAAGAGUUCACCGUCAGUACUCGAGGGGCUGGAGGUCAGGGAAAACUGGACGUCAAGAUCACCUCCCCAUCACGGCGACCGAUCCCCUGCAAGCUGGAGUCGGGCACAGCCAAUGAGGUUCACACAGUGAAGUACAUUCCUCCAGAGGAGGGACCGUACAGAGUGGAUAUCGGCUACGACGGAAACCCCGUCCCGGGAAGCCCCUUCACUGUGGAGGGCGUCAUGCCGCCCGACCCUUCAAAGGUGCGAGCCUACGGUCCAGGUCUUCAGGGUGGUGUUGUGGGUAAACCAGCCCCCUUUGCCAUUGAUACCAAGGGGGCGGGUACCGGUGGUCUGGGUCUGACGGUGGAGGGCCCCUGCGAGGCCAAGAUCGAAUGUCAGGACAACGGUGAUGGAUCCUGCUCGGUCUCCUACCUGCCCACCGAGCCCGGUGAGUACGCCAUCAACAUCCUGUUUGCAGACCAGCACAUCCCCGGGUCCCCCUUCAAGUCUGUCGUCCAGUCUGUGUUCGACCCCACCAUGGUGACAGCCAGUGGCCCCGGCCUGGAGCGGGGCAAAGUCAACGAGGCUGGAUCCUUCACGGUGGACUGCUCUAAAGCGGGAGAGGCUGAGCUCACCAUCGAGAUCAUCUCAGAGUCUGGAGCCAAAGCUGAAGUUCACGUCCAGAACAACAGUGACGGGACCUACUCCAUCACCUACAUCCCCCAGUUCCACGGCAUGUACACCAUCACCAUCAAAUAUGGAGGACACGCUGUGCCCAAGUUCCCCAUCCGCCUACAGGUGGACCCGGCUGUCGACACCAGCGGGGUGAAGGUCUACGGACCAGGAGUUGAACCCAGAGGCGUCCUGAGGGAAGUGACCACACAUUUCAUCGUGGAUGCCCGAGCUCACUACAAGAGCGGCGGCAGCCAAAUCAAAACCUGCAUCUCCAAUCCAUCAGGCGCUAACACUGACGCCUACAUCACCGACAAGGGAGACGGGACCUACAGAGUGGAGUACACGCCGUAUGAGGACGGUUUGCAUCUGAUUGAAGUGUUGUUUGAUGAGGUCUCUGUGCCUAAGAGUCCGUUCAGGGUUUCGGUGACCGAGGGUUGCGAUCCCAGUCGAGUCCGAGCCUAUGGUCCGGGUCUGGAGGAAGGACUGGUCAACAAACCGAACCGCUUCACUGUCGAGACCAGGGGUGCAGGCACCGGGGGCCUCGGCCUGGCCAUUGAGGGUCCAUCUGAGGCGAAGAUGUCGUGUAAGGACAACAAAGAUGGCAGCUGCAGUGUGGAGUACAUCCCCUUCACUCCUGGAGAGUAUGACGUCAAUAUCACCUUCGGAGGCCUACCUAUCCCAGGAAGCCCAUUUCGGGUCCCCGUGCGAGAGCUGGUGGAUCCCAGUAAGGUGAGGUGUUCAGGACCGGGACUGGGAAGUGGAGUAAGAGCUCACGUCCCUCAGACCUUCACCGUGGACAGCAGCAAGGCUGGAGUGGCCCCCCUGGAGGUUCAGCUCUAUGGGCCAACUGGUGUGGCCGAGCCCAUCAACAUCACCGACAAUGGUGACGGUACUCAUACGGUGAACUACACUCCUGCUAACGAUGGCCCGUACACAGUGUGUGUGAAGUAUGCCGAGCAGGAGGUCCCUCGCAGUCCUUUCAAGAUCAAGACGCUGCCCGCUCAUGAUGCCAGUAAAGUUCGAGCCAGCGGCCCAGGUCUGAAUGCGUCCGGGGUUCCUGCCAGUCUGCCGGUUGAGUUCACCAUAGAUGCCCGAGAUGCUGGAGAGGGACUGCUCACUGUUCAGAUACUGGGUCCGGAUGGGUGCAGGCGGGAGGCCUCUGUGUUUGUGGAGGACUGGGGCAGGAGGGUGUGGGAGACUCAUAUUGUAAAGAAAACCAUCCCCUUCAGUAUUCUUAAGAGAGGCUGUGAUCCGGAGGGAAAACCCAAGAAGGCAAACAUCCGGGACAACAGAGACGGGACGUACACGGUGUCCUACGUACCGGACAUGACGGGACGGUACACCAUCACCAUCAAGUACGGAGGAGACGAGAUCCCGUACUCACCGUACCGAAUCCACGCCCUGCCCAGCGGGGAUGCCAGCAAGUGUCUGGUCACAGUGUCAAUCGGAGGACAUGGACUGGGAUCUGGUAUCGGCCCGACCAUCCAGAUCGCCGAGGAGACGGUCAUCACCGUGGAUGCAAAGGCUGCUGGGAAAGGUAAAGUCACUUGUAAGGUGUCAACUCCUGACGGAGCGGAGCUGGACGUGGACGUGGUGGAGAACGCAGACGGGACGUUUGAUAUUUACUACACGGCCCCCGAGCCCGGGAAAUACGUCAUCACCAUCCGGUUUGGAGGGGAGCACAUUCCCAACAGCCCUUUCCAUGUGGUGGCGAGUGACACCAUCCCAAUAAUAGAGGAGCCAUGUGACAAGCUUCAGUUACAGCAGCCCUACACUCCCUAUGUGGGCUUCUCCCCUCAAUGGGCCACCGAUGAUCCCAUCAGCCCUGUGGAUGGGAUGGAGCCUAUGCUCCGCCCCUUCAGUCUGGUCAUUCCCUUCACUGUGCAGAAAGGAGAGAUCACAGGUGAAGUGCGAAUGCCGUCUGGUCGAACUGCCUGUCCUCACAUCACCGACAAUAAGGACGGCACCGUCACAGUUAAGUACUCCCCGACUGAACGAGGUCUGCACGAGAUGGACAUCAAAUACGAUGGAAACCACAUCCCAGGAAGUCCUCUUCAGUUCUAUGUUGAUGCCAUUAACAGUGGUCAUGUGACAGCAUACGGUCCUGGUCUGAGCCAUGGCACCGUGAACAGACCUUCCACAUUCACUAUUGUUACGAAAGACGCUGGAGAAGGUGGUCUCUCUCUGGCUGUCGAAGGUCCUUCUAAAGCAGAGAUCAGCUGUAAAGACAACAAAGACGGGACCUGUACUGUAUCCUACCUGCCCACGGUACCUGGAGACUACAACAUCAUCGUCAAGUUUGACGAGAAACACAUCCCCGGCAGUCCCUUCACUGCCAAGAUCACAGGUGAUGAAUCAAUGAGGAUGUCUCAGCUCAACGUUGGCACAGCAACAGAUGUUUCCUUGAAGAUUACAGAGACGGACCUGAGCAGUCUGACAGCGACCAUCAAAGCGCCGUCUGGAAACGAGGAGCCAUGUCUGCUGAAGAGGCUUCCCAACAGACACAUUGGUAUCUCGUUCACACCAAAGGAAGUGGGUGAACACGUGGUGAGUGUGAAGAAGAACGGGAAACAUGUGACCAACAGUCCAUUUAAGAUCAUGGUGGGUCAGUCGGAAAUCGGAGACGCCAGUAAGGUGAAGGUUUACGGUCAGGGGCUGGUGGAAGGACACAUCUUUGAGGUGGCCGAAUUCAUCGUCGACACCAGGAACGCAGGUUAUGGAGGUCUGGGUCUGUCCAUCGAGGGUCCCAGUAAAGUGGACAUUAACUGUGAGGACGUGGAGGACGGAACCUGUAAAGUCACCUACUGUCCUACUGAGCCUGGAAACUACAUCAUAAACAUCAAGUUUGCGGACCAACACGUACCAGGAAGUCCGUUUACAGUGAAGGUGUUUGGUGAGGGCCGGAUGAAGGAAAGCAUCACCAGGAAACGUCAGGCCCCCUCCAUCGCCACUGUGGGCAGCACCUGUGACCUCAACCUCAAAAUACCAGGGAACUGGUUUCAGAUGGUCUCGGCUCAGGAGCGUCUGACUCGGACGUUCACUCGCAGCAGUCACACCUACACUCGGACCGAGAGGACGGAGAUCAGUAAAACUCGAGGAGGAGAGACAAAGAGGGAGUUCCGUGUGGAGGAGAGCACGCAGGUCGGAGGAGACCCCUUCAGAGACGUGUUCGGAGACCUUCUGGGACGAGAGAGUCUGAGUGGGUUCAGCGGCAUGCCGGCCGGCAGCCGACCGCCUCUGCAGGACGGUGAGGCAAGUAACCAGGAGAUGAUGGCUCAGGUGACGAGUCCUGGAGGAAAGACGGAGGAUGCAGAGAUAAUUAAAGGAGAGGACAGCACCUACAGCGUCCGCUUCAUCCCUCAGGAGAUGGGACCUCACACUGUAAACGUUAAAUACCGGGGCCAACAUGUCCCAGGGAGCCCCUUCCAGUUCACUGUGGGGCCCCUGGGGGAGGGAGGGGCCCACAAGGUCCGAGCAGGAGGAACCGGACUGGACCGAGGAGUGGCAGGGGUCCCAGCUGAGUUCAGUAUCUGGACCAGAGAGGCUGGAGCUGGAGGUCUUUCCAUCGCUGUGGAAGGACCCAGCAAGGCCGAAAUCACCUUUGAAGACAGGAAGGACGGAUCCUGUGGAGUCGCCUACGUGGUUCAGGAGCCUGGUGAUUAUGAGGUUUCUAUUAAAUUCAAUGAUGAACACAUCCCAGACUCUCCAUUCAUCGUCCCAAUCGCCACUCUGUCUGAUGACGCUCGCCGCCUCACCAUCACCAGCCUCCAGGAGAUGGGUCUGAAAGUGGGGCAGGAGGCCUCCUUUGCUGUCCAGCUGAACGGAGCUAGAGGGCUAAUCGAUGCCAAGAUCCACACACCAUCAGGAGCUAUAGAGGAGUGCUACAUCACAGAGAUGGACAGUGAUCAGCAUGCUAUUAGGUUCAUCCCGAGGGAAAAUGGCAUUCACUCCAUCGAUGUUCGUUUCAACGGCAGCCACGUCCCGGGCAGCCCCUUCAAGAUCCGAGUGGGAGAACCAGGACAGGUGGGAGAUCCUGGCAUGGUGUCUGCCUUCGGACCGGGACUGGAAGGAGGAACCACAGGUGUGGCAUCAGAGUUUAUUGUGAACACCUGUAAUGCCGGCUCAGGAGCUCUGUCUGUGACCAUCGAUGGACCAUCCAAAGUGAAAAUGGACUGUCAGGAAUGUCCUGAGGGCUACAAGGUCUCCUACACACCCAUGGCUCCUGGAAACUACCUGAUCUCCAUCAAGUACGGAGGACCCCAGCACAUUGUAGGAAGCCCCUUCAAGGCCAAAGUCUCAGGACCUCGUCUGUCAGGGGGCCACAGUCUGCACGAGACGUCGUCUGUUCUCGUGGAAACUGUCACCAAGUCGUCACUGAUGGGCGGGGCCUUCGCCUCCCUACCCAAAUUCUCCUCAGAUGCCAGUAAAGUUACCUCCAGGGGUGCUGGCCUAUCAAAGGCUUUCGUCGGUCAGAAGAACACGUUCACGGUCGACUGCAGCAAAGCAGGCACCAACAUGUUGAUGGUGGGCGUCCACGGGCCGAAGACGCCCUGUGAGGAGGUGUACGUCAAACACAUGGGCAACAGGAUGUACAAUGUCACGUACACCGUCAAAGAACAGGGCAGCUACAUCCUCAUCGUCAAAUGGGGGGACGAGAAUGUCCCCGGCAGUCCGUUCCACGUCACCGUCCCCUAAACCUGAACUCUAUCUUCAUGUCCGUCUCUCCUCUACAGCUUUUCACCCUCCAUGAUGCACUGAGGACUUCUCACUUGUGUUCCAGGGGACUGUUUUCACACUUUGUGCCAAAGGGCUCAUUUAUAUGGUCCUAUUUCCUGUGUCUCUCUGCGUCAGCACAACUGUUUUACAUUCACUGCUAAUUAGGUACAUUAGAGCGCAGCUUUAGUUAGAGUUUGUGAUUGUUCUUCUGUUUUUCGUUUUGUCAGUGUUGUGUUGAAAUGGCGGUGCCGAAGGGCAGCAGCUUCUUCAGCCGUGUCUGAAUGGAUGAGAACCAGCAUCUAAUUUUUUUGAAUGAAUAUGAAUGUAAACUACGAGGCCUGAUACUCAACUACACUCAUGUUCUGUUACACCAGCGUUUAUCAAGGCAGUAGUUUGGAUCGAAAUAAUCAAAGUUCAGUUGAAUCGGGCGAUCAGUGGAUUCACUCACAGAGGUGAAGUAAAAGUCGGAGAUACACAAGAUAUUAUCUUAUAUUAUAUAUAAUAUAUAAUAGUUACUUGUCAGGACAGGGUAGGAUGUUGUUGGCAGAAGUUAAUCAACAGUGUUGGCUACAAACUGGUGUUGAGUUGCUCCUGAACUCAACAGAUAAAGUCCCCACCGGCCUCGGACUAAUUGUACGGAUUCAGAUUCAACUAAGCGAAAGACAAUCUUCCUUUGGUGAAGAAUUUAACCAUUUGGAUAAAACCACUUAGCAGAUCUUUGUAUUCUCAAGAUUUGAACAGGAUAUUUUUGGAUUUUGCAGAAACCGUGGAUCUUUAGUUCUUACUACCCUGAGUAGGACUGUACAACCAGGAAUAGAAGCAACUCAAUCUGUGUGAUGAUGUUUUCCCACAAAGCUGCAGUUACGUCGGAGGAUCAGGACAAACUGUGCUGUGACUUAAAGAAACUCUUUGCUUAUGAUUUUAUUUAUUCUCAGACAUUUAUUUCCUCUUUUUAUUUUCUUUGACAGAAAAUGGUCUUAUUAUUGAGAAGUGAAGGUGAAGAUGAGGUUCUUCGUUCAGAGAAAGACAGAUGUUAUGAUUUAGAUUUUUUUUACCACAGGAAGGAAGCGCAGCGAGGCAAUCGGUUUAUUUUGUGAAUGAUGAAAAACACAGGUGAUGUUGCAAUGACACAAUAUUACAGAGUGACAUUUUAUAGUGAUUUUGUAUGUAUCGAAAAUGGAUGAAUGAAAUAAAUUUUAACUGUUUGAUAUGUUAACUUCCAAUCUUGCAGGACUGUGCAGGCAUGAUUAAAGUUUAUUCGCUAACUUGC